UGGCCCGCCUGCGCCCGCCUGCUCCCGCCGCGUGCUGACUUCCGCUUCCGGAUGGUACUUCCCAGGCUCUCGCUGUUGAAGCUCAGCGGUCGUCAUGGAGUUGUCGGGCGAGUACGUCGGGCUGGAUGGGCAGCCGCAGCUGCUGCGGGUGCCCUGUGAGACGCCGGACGACGCGGACCCUUUCCAGGGCCUGCUGUCUGGUGUGGCCCAGAUGAGAGAGCUGGUGAUCGAGCUCUUCGGCCCCCUGGUACAGCAGGCAGCGCAAGACCAGGAGGCGGCGGCUCCAGAAGAGGCCAUGGACGGUGAUGAUGAAGAUGAUGCAGAAGAUGAAAAUAACACUGAUAACAGAACUAACUCAGAUGGACCAUCGGCAAAACGGCCCAAACCACCAUCUUAACAGUAGCUUUUAUGAAAUUUUAAAGGCUGCUACUAUAUCUGAAUUACCACACAGUGACAUUUAGGAAAGACUUGAGCUCUAAUUUGGAAAAGCAUUUGUUUUAUUCCCCUAGGACAACUUUGUCAAAGAAAAAAAGUUUCUUCGGUUUCCAGCAAAGAAAGAUACAAUAAAUGUUUAGAAAUGAAUCUGCUUUCUUGAAUGAGAAGUAAAUUUCAGACCAUGUAAAUAAAAUAGAACACUUAAUGAUGUAUAAAAUCCUCUUCUAAGUUGGCAACUGAAUUUUUAUUGUUUUCUGCUUUUUAAACAACCAUUGAAUGAAAUUGUGUGAUGUCUACAUCUUUUGGCUUCUGCUUGUUAUAAAAAAUACAUGUCAGUUCUUGGACAAUAACAUUUGAAAGAACCAUGUGAUACGAGCAAGUGGUGAAAAUUGGAUAUUAAAUUUAAGAACGGUAGUUCUGUGUAAGAAGAAGGAAAAUGGGAAGAGAAGUACUGAAGGAGUGAGAUGAGCUCUUGAGAGAGACCCAAGGAAACCUAGAAUCCCCACUCACCCAGUAUUCAGACCUCCAGAGAUGAUAUCAUUCAACAAAUAUAUAUUUAACUUGUACCUGAAGAGAGCAAAGUUGGGUGUGAUUUUAUGCUGUAACAUGUUAUGUACAUAAACACAGAUGUAAGUCUUUAACUUAAAACAAUCUGUAUUGACUAUAACAUAAGGUAUUUCUCAUCCUGUAUCCAUGCUUUGAUUUUGCUUACUGAAGUACGAUUGAAUCCUUUAAAAUACAUAUAUAUUCCUAAAA